AUGCAUCCAGAAGGUACUGGAUUUGAAGACAUGAGCUAUACUGUGUUGAAACGGAAAAGUGGAUUUUCACAGACACGAUUCGAAUUCUUCUUAUGGUCUGGAGAAGAAAAACGAAAGGAUUUGGACAGUUUCACUGAGGAUGAGCACAAGUUCUUGAAAACGGAACAAGUUCUAUGUGAAUCAUUGCUUGCUGACAUGCUAGCUCAGGAACAGAAACUGUUGGAAAUGCUCGAAAAUAAGAAUGAUGAUGACUCAGCUCAUCUGGUCGACAUCAAAAGAGGAAUCAAGAAGUUGAACGAACUUUUCUCUGAAGUUGCAGAUAGUGAAGAAGAAGAAAUCGACUACACAAAACCAUAUGUACACAUGUCUGUGUCAUGGAAAGAAAUACUGGAUCAAAAAAUAAAAAAUGCUCAAGUCAAAGUGGAGAUGUUCAAUGUGCAUGAGAGAAUCGAAACAAUCGAACAAAGAUAUGAGAAACCUGACGGAGUCAAAAUGGAACAACUAGAAUCAAUAUGGGCUGAAUGCAUCAAUGUGAUCAAGAGAUUGGAGAGCAUCCCUUUGAGAGGAUUCCAAGUUUUCGUAGUUCAAGAUGUUAUCGAUUUGAUAAAAAAUAAGAAAUUCCAAUUCAAACAUAUCACGUUGCCGGUUCAAAUUAAAGAUUCAGCAGAUUUAGAAGAUACAACGGAGAAGAAACGAAGAAACGAAAAUAUACGUCAGCCUUUGAAUGUAGAAGGUUCGCGAGAUACUGGAAACUCCGAAGAAGUUCUAAUAAGUUACAUUUCAACCGGAAUGGUGAGCUAUUAUUGUGAUUUACUGUUGCUCGAGUUUCACAGAGAAUGUGUCUUAAUGAAUAGGAUUGAGUUUCAACAGAUAUUCGCAAAUGUAAUCAUUUGCCUGAUUGAUUAA